AAUCGAUUAGGUUCACUUGCCUAAAAGUAGUGCGUAUUUGGUGCAUCAACUGGAGCCAACACAAAUUCGGCAAUAUACCGAAAAGAAUUAAAUUGUUGCAAAAUGAACUCUUGAGUGUUCGAAAUGGUUCAGCACAAGACAACAGUUUAGGGAGGAUGGAAGCAUUAGAACAGGAACUCAAUGAUUGGCAGCGACGAGAAGAGGUCUUAUGGAAGCAGCGCUCAAGGGUACAAUGGUUAAAAGAGGGGGACAAAAAUACUGCUUUUUUCCAUAACAGAGCUUCGGCUAGGCACAAAAAGAAUCACAUUGCUGGACUUCUGGAUGACAGGGGCUCUCUUGUAACAGAUAAAACAGGGGUAGAAGGACUCUGCAUUAAGUAUUUCAGAGAUUUAUUCACUUCCAAAUACACUGGUCCAAAUUCCAGCAUCCUGAGCGCAUUACAAGGGAGAGUUUCGCCUUUGAUGGCAAAUAACCUUGAUAGAGACUUUACUAGUUCUGAAGUUCUUGUUGCCUUGAAACAAAUCCAUUCUUCAAAGGCCCCAGGACCUGAUGGGAUGAAUGCUAAUUUUUAUAAAAAUUACUGGCAUAUUAUAGGAGGGGAUAUCAUAUCGGCUGCGUUGGACUUCCUUAAUAAUGGGAUUAUGGUGAGAGAUGUGAACCUUACUCAUAUUGUUUUGAUCCCGAAAGUUAAAAGUCCCUCUUCUAUGAAGGAUUUUCGGCCCAUAAGUCUUUGCAAUGUGCUGUACAAAAUUAUAUCCAAAGUCUUAACCAAUAGGCUUAAAUCGAUCCUACCGCAUAUUAUAUCAAAUAAUCAGAGUGCUUUUGUUCCUGGGAGAUUAAUCUAUGACAACAUCAUGGUAGCCAUUGAAGCCAUCCAUCAUCUGAAAAAUAAAAAGGUUGGCCGGAGAGGGCAUAUGGCUGUCAAACUUGACCUUAGCAAGGCUUUCGAUAAAGUAGAAUUGAAUUUCUUAGAGGACACUAUGCGAGCAAUGGGUUUUCCUGAGCGGUGGAUUAACCGUGUCAUGACGUGUGUUCGCACUGUGGAAUACUCAGUCUUGAUCAAUGGGUGUCCAACAAAGAAAUUCACUCCAAGUAGGGGUAUAAGGCAAGGAGAUCCCCUUUCCCCGUUCCUCUUUCUCUUAUGUGCUGAAGGAUUAUCAGCUCUAUUAUCAAGGGCUAUCAGAAGAGGGGAUUUAAAGGGAUUGACUUUGUGCCGAGGAUGCCCUUGCCUAUCGCAUUUGUUUUUUGCUGAUGACAGUUUGUUGUUUGGAGAAGCGUCUGUCCAAGAAGCUACAAAGCUGUUGGAAAUCUUGAAGGAAUAUGAGGGGGUUUCCGGUCAGCAAAUUAAUCUUGACAAGUCCUCUAUUUUUUUCAGCAGUAAUACUUCCAAUGUUGUGCAACAGGGGGUGAUGCAAACUUUGAAUAUAUCCAAAGUCAUUGCAGAUGAUAAGUAUCUUGGACUCCCCUUAAUUAUAGGGCGAAAGAAAGCUAUCUGUUUCAAUUCUAUCCGAGAGAGAGUUUGGUCAAAAAUCAAAGGAUGGAAAACAAAGUUGCUAUCUCGUGCCGGUCGAGAAAUUUUGAUUAAAGCAGUUGUACAAGCUAUUCCUACAUACUGCAUGGGUUGUUUUAAGCUUCCGCAAAAUUUUCUUCUGUCCUUAAAUAGCAUCAUUAGCAACUUUUGGUGGGGAGAUAACACUGAUAGAAGACGAAUCCAUUGGUUACGGUGGGAUCUCGUGUGUAAACCUAAGCGCUUUGGAGGACUAGGCUUCAGAGAUUUUAGAGCUUUUAAUUUAGCUAUGUUGGCAAAGCAGAGCUGGCGGUUGAUGCAGGAUAGGACCACCUUAUGCUAUCAAAUUCUCAGAGCUAAAUACUUUCCCAAUGGAGAUUUAUUGGGAGCUUCUGUAGGAGCUAAAGCUUCUAUGGUCUGGCGAGGGGUUGUUGAUGGUCUUGGUAUUCUUAAACUGGGCUCCACUUGGCGAAUAGGCACUGGACAAGACAUCAGACUCUGGAGGGACAACUGGUUGCCUUCUGGAGCUAUCCCUCGGCCACGGUCCGUUCUUAUCCAACAGGACAUGGAUGAUAGGGUCAGUGCUUUCAUAGAUGUCAAUACCGGCUGCUGGAAGGAAGGAGAUGUUCGUCAACAAUUCUGUGCAGAAGAUGCAGAGAGCAUUAUACAUAUCCCCCUUAGUAGAAGUUGCUCAGUUGAUAGAUUAAUAUGGCUUGGGACCAACAAUGGCAAAUUUUCAGUUAAAUCUGCUUACAAAUAUGCUUGGGAGUUGAUCUUUGGCACUCAGCACCACGCUCAUGAUCAAAUACUGAAACCAGUUUGGAGAUCAGUCUGGUCAUUGAAUGUCCCCUCUAAACUGAAGCAUGUUUUGUGGAGGAUCAUAUGGGAGAUAUUGCCUUCUCGCGAUAUACUGCAAUUGCGUGGUCUCGAGAUUGAGCACGAUUGUGGUAUUUGCGGUGAAGCAGAAGAAUCUUAUUUUCAUCUGUUUUUUGAUUGUGCCUGGAGUAAAGCCGUGUGGAGAGAAAUCUUUCCGGCAGCUGUCUCGCAUUCUAUACAGCAGAGUACAUUUCUCGAUGGCUUUCUUGAUUUCUUCCUGGCGUUGAGUUCAGAUGACAGGGAAUUAGUUGCUGUAACUUUGUGGCUCUUUGGUUGCUCUCUGGUUGCUUUCUCAUCAUGGUCAACACUUGAUCUGUCCGAGCUGGAAAUCAAGCUCAACCUCUUGGACAAGCAAGAUCCUCAACCAGUUCAGCAUGUUCCUGCUCUCAGUGAGUCUCAGGUUCAGUCUCGUGCAGCCCCAGUUCCACACCCUCUACCUGAUGAUGUCACACGACGACUGGGCGGCUUAGAAAAACUGGUAGCCGAGCAGCGAGGUGCCCCACCUCCACAUCAUAACACAGAUUCCAUACCUCAUCCUUUGAACACUAACAUUACAUUGGAACCUUACCCUGUUGGCUUCAAGAUACCUCAUCUUGACACAUAUGAUGGGAUGAAGGAUCCAGAUGAUCACCUCCAUGCCUUCUACUCCUGUAUGCAAGCUCAGAACGCUUCUGAUGCAUUGAUGGAAGGAGAAUAUUUCACGAAUUACAUGAGCCGGUUCAACGAUGCAGUCCUCGAAGUCAGCUCAUUCAACCAACCCGUGGGAAUUCCGAUUGUAAUUCAAGGUCUCCAGCAUGGGAGAUUCAGAGAUAGCUUAAUCAAGCAUCCUGUUGCUACUUUUAAUGAAGUCAAUGACAGAUCGUUGAAAUUCAUAACUGUUGAGGAAUAUGCCCUAUCACAGAAACUAGUUCUUCCCAAGAAACUAGUUCUUCCCAAGAAACUAGUUCUUCCCAAGAAACUAGUUCUUCCCAAGAAACUAGUUCUUCCCAAGAACCAAGACCCAGAUUGGAGAGAUGAAGGUAAUGGGGUUGAGAUAAUAGACAACCGACUAGAGGAUGAAUCUAGAGCUACCCUAGUUAAGGAUGUAAAGGAAGUGCAAAUUGAUGACAGAGAUUGCAGCAGGAAAACACAAAUUGGAACUCGAUUGAACCCAAAGGAAAGAGAAGAGCUAAUAGCUUUCCUCCGAGCUAACAACGAUGUCUUCGCUUGGACCUCAGCAGACAUGCUAGGAAUUCCAACCUUAGUUUCUCAACACAAGCUUAGCACUAAUCCAUUGAAGAAACCAAUAGCCCACAAGCGACGUCUCUUUGGGGGGGGGGCGAGGAGAGGCUUCAGGCAAAUGGUAAAUGGCGAAUGUGCAUUGACUACACAAAUCUCAACCAAGCUUGUCCCAAGGACCGUGCCGAUGGCUCAAGAGGAUGAAGAGAAAAUCUCGUUCUAUGCUGGUGGGGAAAUUUAUUGCUAUGUCAUGAUGCCAUUUGGCUUAAAGAACGUAGGUGCCACUUACCAAAAAAUGGUGACCAUUGUCUUCCGAGCGCAGAUCGGCAAGAAUCUAGAAGUUUAUGUCAAUGACAUCGUGGUGAAGAGCUUAAAGGCAGAGGAUCAUCUAGCCGACCUUGAUGAAACAUUCAAUAACCUCAGGAAGAACAUAAUAUGGUUGAAUCCAGCUAAGUGCAUUUGCAACGUAGAAUCUGGGAAAUUUUUAGGAUUCAUGGUUUCUCGAAGGGGGAUUGAGGUUAACCCGGAAAAGAUCAAAGCAAUAGCUGAGAUGGAACCAUCGAAGUCGGUGAAAGAUAUACAGAGAUUAACAGGAAGGGUGGCAGCUCUUUAUAGAUUCAUUUCAAAGUUAACAGAUAAGUACCUGCCAUUCUUCAAGAUCAUGAGCAAUCAGUUCAGUGCUGAUGAGAGAAGAAACCAAACAGCAGAAACCAAUCUAUUAUAUCAGCAGCGUGCUGCACGACGCAGAAUUGAGCAGAGGUCUGUGAUCCGAGCUCAAGCACUGACGGAUUUCAUCGUGGAAUGCACCCCAUGUCCCUCAAUCCCUAACCUCGAGCCAAGUGAUUGGACCUUGUAUGUUGAUGGAGCAUCUGGUAGCAAGGGUUCAGGAGCUGACGGGUCAGUACUUGAAGACAAGCAAGAGGCAACGAGGUUGAGGAAGAAAGCGUCUCGAUAUACACUCGUUGAUGGGGUUCUCUAUAAGAGAUCUUUCUCACUCCCUCUCCUACGAUGCUUAAAUCCUUAUGAAGCUAAGUACACACUUUGGGAGGUGCAUGAAGGUGUCUAUGGAAGCCACAUCGGUGCGAGAACCCUUGCCCACAAAGUCCUCAGGCAAGGAUAUUACUGGCCAAAUAUGUAUAAAGAUGCUAAUCACUUUGUUCAGAGAUGUCCAAAGUGCCAAUUCUUCACACAUUUAACUCACCAACCGGCAGAAGAGCUCACCAACUUGGUAGCACCGUGGCCAUUUGCUCAGUGGGGACUUGAUCUUUUGGGCCCAUUCAUGAAAGGGGUUGGAGGUAUAACCCAUCUGAUUGUGGGUGUUGACUAUUUUACAAAAUGGGUUAAAGCUCAGCCAUUAUCCAGUCUUACUUCCAGAAAGGUUGAAGACCUUGUUUUCGGUUCAAUUAGCUGCAAAUAUGGAAUCCCAAAUCAGAUCAUAGCUGAUAACGGUACUCAGUUUAACUGCUCUUCAUUCAGAGAAUUCUGCUCCAGUUAUGGAAUCAAACUACAAUUUACCUCUGUACACCAUCGGGAAUCCAAUGGUAUGGUCAAAUCUGUCAAUAAAGCUAUCUUGGAGGGAAUAAAGCCAAGGUUGGAGCAACACAAGGCUAGGUGGGCAGACGAGCUUAACAACGUCCUAUGGGCAUAUAGAACAACGAGCCAAACUGCCACAGGUGAAACACUCUAUCACCUGACCUUUGGUACCGAAGCAGUCAUUCCUAUUGAAAUAGGAGUCCCAAGUUUUAGGGUAACCCAUUUCGAUGAAGGACGAAAUGGACAACUGCUUCGAGAGAACCUUGAUCUGCUUGCCGAAGUCAGAGAAGAAGCGCGACUUCGAACUCUAGUUGGCCUAACAAAGUUUGAAACUCGUUUUGGCAAAUUGGCCUUGAAUUGGGAAGGCCUUUACACAGUGGCCGAAGUGCCACAUCUUGGUGCCUAUAUCCUCCAAGACGUUGAAGGGAAGCAAAUUCCUAGAGUCUGGAAUGUCAAUAACUUAAAGAAAUUUUACCCUUAAUAAAUUUCUUUCAAGUGAUCUUCGUCUUAUUCUUCUUUAUAAUUAUUACUUCUUCAUUUCUAAGAUUCAUUUCAUCUAUUAUCCUGUAUAUUCAAGGUCAAUCUAUCUGGAAUCUAUUCCUUGGACUGCACUUUUAUUAAUGAAUCUCACUUCACAUC